CGGCCGUGGUGCAAGGGUGCGGUCCGGGUGAGGUCGGGUCUGGCGCCCGAGCGCUCUCUCCGUCUUCGCGCUUUAAUCGACUUCUCUCCACCGACCGGUGCGUGGGGCCCGGCUCUGUGGUCAGGCGUGCAGCGGCUGCCAAGCGCGAUGAGGCGAGCGGCGCUGCGGUUUUGUACCCUGAGCAAGGGCCUGCUUGCUCCCAGCAGAGGACUGACUCAAGAACCUCAGAACCCGGAAAAUGUCUUCCACAUCCGUGAAGUUCGAGAUAAGUUGCGGGAGAUAGUAGGAGCAUCCACAAACUGGAGAGACCAUGUGAAAGCAAUGGAGGAAAGAAAACUACUUCAUAGUUUCCUGGCUAAGUCACAAAAAGGACUGCCUCCUAGGACCAUGAAAGACAGUUACAUUGAAGUUUUCUUGCCUUUGGGCAGUCAGCCUGAAUUACGAGAGAAAUAUUUGACUGUUCAAAACACUGUAAGGUUUGGCAGGAUUCUUGAGGAUCUUGACAGCCUAGGAGUUCUUAUUUGCUACAUGCACAACAAAAUUCAUUCAGCUAAGAUGUCUCCUUUAUCGAUAGUUACAGCCCUGGUGGACAAGAUUGAUAUGUGUAAGAAGAAUUUGAGCCCAGAACAGGACAUCAAGUUCAGUGGCCAUGUUAGUUGGGUUGGGAAGACAUCCAUGGAAGUGAAGAUGCAUAUGUUCCAGUUACAUGGCAAUGACUUUUCUCCUGUUUUGGAUGCGACAUUUGUAAUGGUGGCUCGUGAUUCUGAAAAUAAAGGUCCGGCCUUUGUAAAUCCACUCAUUCUUGAAAGCCCAGAGGAAGAAGAGCUCUUUCAACAGGGAGAAUUGAACAAGGGGAGAAGGGUCGCCUUCAGCUCCACGUCAUUACUGAAAAUGGCCCCCACUGCCGAGGAGAGGACAACCAUACAUGAGAUGUUUCUUAACACGCUGGAUCCAAAGACUAUAAGUUUUCGAAGUCGGGUUUUGCCUGCUAAUGCAGUGUGGAUGGAGAAUUCAAAACUCAAGAGCUUGGAUAUUUGCCACCCUCAGGAGCGGAACAUUUUCAACCGAAUCUUUGGUGGUUUCCUUAUGAGGAAAGCAUAUGAACUUGGAUGGGCUACUGCUUGUAACUUUGGUGGUUCCCGACCGUUUAUAGUUGCCGUGGAUGAUAUCAUGUUUCAGAAACCUGUUGAGGUGGGAUCAUUGCUGUUUCUUUCUGCACAGGUCUGCUUUACUCAGGGGAAUUACAUUCAAGUCAGAGUUCACAGUGAGGUGGCCUCUCUUCAGGAUAAAGAGCAUAUGACCACCAAUGUCUUUCAUUUCACGUUCAUGUCAGAAAAGGAAGUGCCCUUGGUUUUCCCUAGAACAUAUGGAGAGUCCAUGUUGUAUUUAGAUGGGCAGCGGCAUUUCAAAUCUAUGAGUGCACCAGUGACCCUGAAAAGGCACUACGUGGUCGAGCCCUAGGAAGACUGCACUUGUUGAAGACCAGCACCCCUCAGUGACACAGUGCCGGAUGAAGGCCUAAGCGAGUGUAUCGGUUUUAGUGUUUAUUCUCAUCUUUCAUGGAGAUGAAGGAUAUAUUCGGCUUUUAGGAUGGUCAGAAAAGAGGAAUGAGAAAUGGCUGGGUGGGGCAGAGGGAGAAAGAAUUAUUGAAUAAUAAAUACUUUUAAGAAUUUAAAUUGUGAAGCUGCCAUGUUGCCUCCUGUCUGUCCAGGAAAUGAGGGCAGAAUGCCUUUUUAUGUGGCUGGACACACUCUUUUUUUUACACAUAUUGCAACUAUCAGUCUGCAUGGUUUCCUGCCCAGGCAUUUGGAGGGCA